AUGGCCCCCAAGCCCGUCGACGUCCCCCAGUUCGCGAGCGCCCAGCUCGCCCUCCUCGCGCGGGAGCUCCGGUCCGAGAUCGCCGAGACGGCCGACCUCGUCGCCGCCCACUCCCCGCAGGCCCUGCAGCGCUCCGGCCUGGCCCUGACCAACCUCGUCCUCUCGGGCCGGCGCACGGGCAUGGGCGGCCGCACUGUCGUCGAGCUGUCGGCCGACCCCGCUACUGCCACCACCACCACCACCACCACCAGCAGUCCUGGCUCAUCGGGAGGGGGAGGGGCCCAGCUGCCCGAGCACGGCCUGCGGACGGGCGACAUCGUGCUCGUGGCGGCGCAGCCGGCGGGGGCGGCGAAGCGCCGCGAGAUGAAGGAGAUGGAGCGCCGGGGGGUCAAGGGCGUGGUGGUGCGGACGCGCAGGGCGGACGUGAGCGUCGCGCUGGACGGUGGUGGCGGCGGCGCGGACGGGAAAGGGGGCGCUGACGGCGGGGACGAGGAUGCGGUGCUGGGCGGGCGGGUGUGGAUGGUCAAGUUGGCGGAUGAUGUUACGUAUCGGAGGAUGAACUUCACGAUGGAGAAGCUGCAAAAGAUGAGCGAGGCCGAGUACUCGAGCUUCACGCGGGUCCUGUUCGGGCUGUCUUCGCCCUCGCCGGUGCCGGAGGACCUGGCGGCCGAUGAGGACGUCGGCAGGCUGGAGUGGUUCGACCCGACGUUGAACGACUCACAAAAGGAAGCGGUCAGACUAACACACCGUUUCCCCCCCCCCUCCCCCCUUCCCCAGACCGGCAAGACACACACCCUCAUCGAGCUCAUCCUCCAGCUCGUCAAGCGCGGCCAGCGCAUCCUCGUCUGCGGGCCCUCCAACAUCUCGGUCGACAACAUCGUCGAGCGCCUCGCGCCGCACAAGGUCCCCAUCCUGCGCCUCGGCCACCCGGCGCGCCUGCUGCCCUCGGUGCUGAGCCACUCGCUCGACGUGCUGACGCAGACGUCCGAGGCCGGCGCCAUCGUCCGCGACGUCCGCGCCGAGAUGGACGCCCGGCAGGCCUCGGUCAAGAAGACGCGCAGCGGCCGCGAGCGCCGGCUCAUCUACGCCGACCUCAAGGAGCUGCGGCGCGAGUACCGCGAGCGCGAGAGGAAGUGCGUCGCCAGCCUCGUGGCGGGCAGCAGGGUCGUGCUGGCCACGCUGCACGGCGCGGGCGGGCCCCAGGUCCGGCACGAGGAGUUUGACGUCGUGGUCGUCGACGAGGCGAGCCAGGCGCUCGAGGCGCAGUGCUGGGUGCCGCUGCUGGCGGCCAGCAAGGCCGUGUGCGCCGGCGACCACCUGCAGCUGCCGCCGACGAUCAAGUCGCUCAACUCCAAGAGCGGCGGCGGCGGCAGCAGGGCGGGCGAGGCGGGAGACGGGGGGGUCGCCCCGGACGUCGUCGUCAAGGGGGCGACGCUCGAGACCACGCUGUUUGACCGGCUGCUGGCGCUGCACGGGCCCGGCAUCAAGCGCAUGCUCACCACGCAGUACCGGAUGCACGAGAAGAUCAUGCGGUUCCCCUCGGGCGAGCUGUACGAGUCCAAGCUGGUCGCGGCCGAGGGCGUCAAGGACCGGCUCCUGAAGGACCUCCCCUACGAGGUCGCGGACAACGACGAGACGCGAGAGCCGCUGAUCUUCAUCGACACCCAGGGCGGGGACUUCCCCGAGAAGAACGAGGAGGAAGACAGCACGGGGAAGAUCAGGAGUCUCCACGGGGAGAGCAAGAGCAACGAGAUGGAGGCCUUGCUGGUCAGGCAGCACGUCCAGGGGCUGGUGGAUGCCGGUGUCAAGCCUGAGGACGUAGCUGUUGUGACACCUUACAAUGCACAGCUUGGUUUGCUCGCGCCUCUCAAAGAGGCUUUCCCUGGCAUCGAGCUGGGCAGCGUGGAUGGCUUCCAGGGCCGCGAGAAGGAGGCUGUCAUUGUCUGCCUGGUGCGCAGCAACGCCGACGGCGAGGUGGGAUUCCUCGGCGAGAAGCGCCGGCUCAACGGUACGGUUUCCCCCCCCCCCCCUCUUUUGGACUUCUCCAUGAUAGAAUAG